AUUUUGUAUUCGACUGAUCGUUCUCGAUGUACAACUCACUGCACACAACGUAAGCGCGAGAGAAAGAGGUGCGGUGUUUUGUUGCGUGAUUGCGAGAGUUGUUUGCGAGUUGUCCGAUGUCCGAGCGUGUGUGUGUUGUUAUGCUGAACGAUAAUUAAUUAAAUAUUUUAAACAAUAGAUUUAAUAUUUAUAUCAAAGUAUAAAUCAUCCUUACAUAAUAAUAAGACUAUUGGUCGGUCCUAAAAAUAAUAAGGUCACCUGAGCGAGCGAAGAGAGGGCCAGCAGCGAGAACGUAAAAAAAAAGUGUGUACGAGAAAGUAUACACCAGAGUGAGCGAGAAAGAACGAGAGUGUGAGAGAGAAAAAUAUUUGUUGCAAGUAAACGAGAACGGGAGCUUACGAAGAGAGAAAGAGAUAGGAAGUUUUGAAAGAAGAAUAAAAAAUAAUAAAGAAAAAAGACAUUUGGACGCUUGGUGAACUCUGAUAGCUGGGAUUACUGACUGCUGUCUGCCCUCUAUUCUUAAAGUCAAACUACAACACUAGCCUAGUCAGAAAAUCGUAAAACCAAAAUGUCAUCAUACAUCCAGGUCGCCGAAGACGAGGGCGAAGAACCGAUAGAACUCCCGACUGAGGAUGAUUCGACGUUGUUGUUAACUACUCUGUCGGCUCAAUUUCCCGGUACGUGCGGACUCAAAUACCGCAAUCCGGAGUCACGUACAAUGCGGGGUGUGCGUCUCGUUGAUGGUCGUCUCCAUGCGCCGGAAAAUGGCUGGGGCAAAGCUGUCUAUUUCUGCGUAUUUCCAAAAGAAAAUAAACGUAAAUCAGAUGACAAUUUGGAAAAUUCAACCGCUAAGACCAAGAGAAUGGAGACUAAAUUACGAUGCACUGACCUUAUUGUACUUGGACUGCCGUGGAAAACAACGGAGCAAAAUUUGCGCGAAUACUUUGAGACAUUUGGCGAGGUUUUGAUGGCCCAGGUGAAAAAAGAUCCCAAAUCAGGUCAAAGUAAAGGAUUUGGAUUUAUAAGAUUUGGAAGUUAUGAAUCACAAUUACGGUGUCUUGCUCAGCGGCACAUGAUUGAUGGCAGAUGGUGUGACGUUAAAGUUCCCAACAGCAAGGAGGGAAUGAUUCAACAAGUACCGUGCAAGGUAUUCGUGGGCCGCUGUACUGAAGAUUUAACAGCCGACGAUCUACGUGACUACUUUUCAAAAUUCGGCGAAGUUACGGACGUGUUCAUUCCAAAGCCGUUUCGUGCAUUCUCAUUUGUUACCUUCCUAGAUCCUGAGGUGGCCCAGUCACUGUGCGGUGAGGAUCACAUAAUAAAAGGUGUCUCGGUUCACGUUUCCAACGCAGCGCCAAAGUCCGAGGGCAACAAUCGUAACUUUAACAAUCAGAUAAACUCAAAUAUGCGCGGACGUGGUAUGGGCGGUCCGAUAGACAACAACAUGCAGGGAAACUACCAAGGGAAUCGUUACAUGGGUCACUCUGGUAACAACAUGGGCCCGAAUGGAUGGAAUAAUCCUGGUAAUAGAGGUAAUUUGGAUAUGCCUAAUCUACAAGCUUUGGGAAUCACUGGACAAAAUAAUGGAGGUGGCGGUGGAGGUAUGUCAAACCCUUUGACAAUGGGUGGCUUAAACCUCUCCGCACUGCCUGUCAAUCCGGCUCUAGUUGCAGCGGCGAUAAAUCAAGCCUCAUGGGGUCUUAUUGGUAAUCUACAGAGCCAAGGAAAUGAUCAAGGAUACUCAAACCAACCUGGACCACCUGGACAGCCGCCAUCUGGUAACAAUAGUCUAGGCAAUAGCGGUAACUCGGGAUUUCUUAAUUGGAUGAAUCAGGGCGGUGGCGGUGAUGGCAAUACUGGUAAUCCAGGUACCGGUGGACCUGGUGGUCCCAACAAUCCAAACGGCUCCCAAGGCACAUGGCAAAAUCAUCCAGGUCAACGUGAUGGUAAAACGAAUACAUUUCUUAAGUACGAGUAAAUUCAGUCGGGACUCUGAGUCUACUCGUAAAAGACGGGCGCGUUCCCUCAGUCCCGAAACAUUGGCAUCGAAUAAUAGCAAAGGUACAAAAAAAUAUAAAUAAUCGAUUGUUUUUCAUUUUCUUAAUUUUCUUUUUUUUAUCAAAUUCAUUUAAAAUUUUUUAUUUAUGAUUCUUACAAUUAUUAUUUUUUUUUCUUUCACUGAAAUGUUUAAAAAAAAAUUUUAAACAUUAAUUUUGUCAACAUAUCUUUGAUGAGCUCUAUAAAUUAAUAAAUAUCAUUUUUUUUAUUUUUUUAACAAACAAACUGUUUGCACAUUUUGUAUCUAGCCUUUAAUAAUUCGCAAAUUUAAAAAAAAUGUCAACAUACCUUUGCCGUAAUUGAAUUAAAAUAAUUAAUUAUAUACAAUAUUAUAAAUUACGGGACGUCAAUAUAUACGAGGUUUUGCCGAAUUAAAUUUAUAAAAAUAAAGUUAAUUAAUCAGAUAACAAAAAAAUCACAAUUAGUUAUAAUUUAAGUACACGAAACGAAAGACAGAAUUGAUUAUAAUAAUGAUAAUGAUCAAGUUAAUACAUAAAAAAAAAAAAGAAAUUUUUUUUAACGAUAAUAUUAAGUAUGGAUCGAGACGAUACAAAACUUGAGCGAAUAAAAUAAAAAGUAACGUAAAUAAAAAUGUUUUUAAAUGAAUGUGAAUGUAAAUCAGCGGACGGAAGAGUCGAUUAUAUUAAAAAUGAAUUAAAAAAAAAAUUAAUUAUGUAUUAAAGUCUUAUAAUGUAUUAGAAAACGCGUAAAUGUGCUUGGAUUAACUGAUUGCUUGCAACUUGCAGUGUGUUUUAAUAUUUAAAUACGAGGUAUGUCGAUGAUGAAAUGUGAUGAGAAAUAAAAAAAAAAAAAAACUAAGUACGUCACGUAGAAAUCUUUCUAUUGUGAAAUGUGUGUAGGAAGAUGAUUGAUUUAUUGAUUAAUGAUGGUUACUGAUUUAAAUAUUAAUUAAUGAGACUAAUAAAAUAUUAAUAUUACAUAAUAACUAUUAUUAUUAUCAGAGGGUGAGUUAUUGAUUAUAUAUAUUAUAAUAAUGGUAUAUAGAUUUAGUAGUUUACAUGAUUGUCAGUUUGUGAGUGUAUCGUAAUAUCACCUAAGGCUAACAAUUAAUUAAAAAAAAAAAAAAAAACAAAUGUCAACUAUCGCGAUUGAACUAAAGUCUAUUGAUUAUUAUUGCGUUUAGCUGUAGUUGUUUUAUUAAUGAGAACUUUUAAUAAUCGUCGUAUACAUGCUUGGAAAAUAGAUUGUUUAAAUAUAUAUGUAUAUAAAGUUAAAGACCUAAUACCCGAUCAGAAAACUAGUACUCGAUCACUUUAUACAUUUGUAUAUUUAUAGUUUUAUAAAUAUAUAGUAAAUAUAAAUAUACAAAUGCAUGAGUGAUUGGGUACUAGUUCCCUGAUCAGGUACUGGGUCUCUGACGAAAAAUAAAAAAAAGAAGAGACCUAGUACCCGAUCAGGGAACUAGUACAUGAAGUAAUCGAGUACUAGGUCUUAAACCUUACACAGAAAAAAAAGAUUUCUUGACGCAAAAAAUUUUUGGAAUUAUAAAUUGAAAACGAACAUUUUCUUGAAGCAAAAAAAAAAUUUAUUGUAACAAGAAAUUUUUUCUAAUCUCAAAAAUAUUUUUUUUUUUAUUUUGUGUGCAAUAUAUUUCUUGUGUCACAAAAUCGUUUUUUUCUGUAUAUAUACUUUUUAAUUUGUGGGCUCAAAACAUCGGGAUCAUAUAAAGAAUUUUUUGAUAAUGAACUUGAAUUUUUUUUCUCAUCAAUUUGAAAAAUUUUUAAUGAUUAAUAUUAAAAAAUAAUUAUUAUUUGCUCUAUUUCCCUUGCUAGUAAACGAAUAAUAACGAUUAUUAAAAAUAAAUAAUAUGAAAUGGAGGAUGCAUUAAUUAAAUUGCGGCUACCCCAAAUAAUAACAAAAAUAAAUCGUGUUUGUAAUCUUAAUUGUGUUAGGUACUUAGCGUGUACUCUAUAAAUUAUUAAAUGUAUGAAUAUUUUACACUGAUGCGCAGGUGUGUUUAAUUGAUAAUUUAAAACCAAGAAAACAAAAAAAAUAAUAAAAUAACAAUUAAAUUAAGCAAAGUCAUUAUCAACAAUUUUUAUUAUAAAUUUUAUUACAAAGAAGAUAACGAUUGGAUAUAUUGAUUGGUUGUUGUGUGAACGAUUUUUAAAUAUAUAUAUAUUUCAAUUUAAUAUAUUGUGUGCAGUGUACUUUAGUUGAAUGGUUUGAAAGUGAAACAUCCAGUGAGUGAUGACGAUUUAUUUUUUUUUAUUUACUUUCAUUAUUUCACACUCGAAAUUAUUAAAAUUUUAUUUAGCAACAAUAUAAAUCACAUUGCAAACAUUCAAAAGUAAAUAUAAAUAUACAUAUAUAAAUAUAUAUAUAUAUAAAAAUAUAAAUAUAUUAAACUUAGAGGACCAUGUCCACGGAUUGUUCAAUAAAUGAAUCACGAUUUCUAUUACUAGCGACUUUGAUAGAUAAAAAAAAAAUAAUAAAAAGUAUGGAAGUAAAAUAAUAAAAUAAAAUAAAAAAUAAUAAAUAAAAUAGAGCAUUUUCACCUUUUACAUUAUUAGUAAAUAAUUGAAAUAAAGUUUUAACUGACGCGAGAUAGAAAAUGAGCGAUUUAUUAAGUAAUUAAUUAACUGAUAAUAUUAAUAAACAAUUUAAAAGAUAUUAAAAUCGUUGUAUUGCAUUACAAUUAUUAUUCACAUUAAAAUCACUUAUUAUUACUAUUAUUAUUACUAUUAUUAUUAUUAUUAUUACUAUUAUUAUUAAUAUUAAUAUUCUUUAUGAGUAAUUAAUUGACAAAUAAAAAUAAUUAUUAGACGUGAUUGUGUGUUGUGAUGUUUGUGUCUUUUUUCAGGGAAUGCGUCAAGAGAUUUGAGCUUUUAAAAAAAAAUUAAUUUGAAUAUUUUUUUUUAUUUUUUGUGAUCUUGAAGUCAGAAGACAAUCAGCAAUUUUUGGAUUUUUUUUAUCAACAAAUCAAUUUAAAAAAAAAAACUAAAAAAAUGCAUAUGCAUAAAAUUUAAAAAACUACAAGUGCAAUUUUUUAAAAAUAAUUUUUUUUUAUAUCUUGUCAUUUAAAAACAAAUCCAAAAAUUAGAUGUCAGUUGAUUUCAGAAUCAUUAUUUUUUUUUUUUUUUAUUUUAAAAGACUAUAAAAUUAAACACUUGACCAAGUGAUCAACGGCUUUAAUAAAUAAAUUCUGUACUAUAAAUUUAUAAAAUUUUAUUUAAAAUUUUAGCAAAUUAAAUUUACAAAUUUUGCUUGGAUUGUUUUAUUAUUUACUCAAAUAAAUAAAAGUCAACAGAGUUUUAUUAAUUUUUUUUUUAUCUGAAUGGUGUAUUCUUUCAUGGUGGUGAAGAUUCAUUAGUGGGCCGACUGAUGGGAUGAUGAAAAAUAUGUGAGUAUGAAUCGGUUGAAUGUAAUUGUUAAUUGUCGUCUGAGAACUACAGAAGUGAGCGUUUGUCUGCAAUGUCAAAAUACCCAUUAAUAAUUUUUUUUUAAAUAAAUAAAUAUAAUAAUUAUUAAAUGACAAAAAAAAUUAAUUGAUGUAAUUAGUUGGUGAAUUUAUAAACAAUGAAUGAAUUUGUAAUUGUUAAAAUAAUGACUGACGAGUGUAAUUUAAAUAAUGAUAAAUAAUUUGGGUGAUUUUUGAAUGCCGGCGCAUAUUAAUUAUUUAUUAUACGUGUGUUUGAAUCGGUUUAUUAAUGACGUUUGUAUUUAUUUCUAAAUAAUAAAAUAAUUAGUAUUAUUAUUUAUUUUAUUUAUAUUAAAUUUCGACUGAGGCUUGAGUGAUUUAUAAAUAUUUAAAUUUUAAGUAUUCGCGCCGGAAAUUUAUAGACAAAAAAAUAUUAAAUUUUAAUGAGUGUGAAGCUUAGCAGACAAUUAACAAUUUUCGAAUUUUUUUUUCAACAAAUCAAUUACAAAAAAAAAAAUGCGCAUGUAGAAAAUUAAAAAAACUACAGGUGCAAUUUUUUCAAAGGUUUUUUUUGUAAUUUAGUGUUUUUAAAAAAAUUCAAAAAUUAUUAGACGUCGGCUAACUUCAGUAUCAUAAAUUUUAUUUAAAAUUAUAUUUUAUUAUUUUAAAUACACAAAUGACAGCUAAUAGACAAAGACUGUAGUUUAAGACAACUUUUAACAAACAUUUAGAACCGUUAGUAAGUUUGAAGAAUAAAAAUAAAAAUGAUUCCGGUCCCUUCCAAACCGUUUUUUAAUUUUUAAAAUUUAUAAACUAAUUAAGGUACAAGAUCAUGUGUACGUGUGUAAUUUUUUUUAAUUUUCACUUUAAAAAUGUUUAUCAACCAAAACCAAAAAAAUUUUUUUCUCACCUCCGGGCGGAAAGCGUCAACUUUCGUCCCGCUGUGCAAAACGAAGUUGCCGCUUCCCGCCUCCGUCGAGGAGAAAAAUAGUAUACACUCCUCGGGAAGUAAAUAAGAAAGCCUCAGAUCACAUGUUUGUUGACCUCGGCUUCGCCUCGGCCAACAAUUACAUGUGAUCUGAGACAUUUCUUACUUUACUUCCCUUGUAGUGUAAAAUACUAUUUCACGUAAACGGGAGUAAAAUGAUUUGUUUGACAGCAGAAUGUGAUUUUAUUUUUUUUGUUGACCUUAUGAACCUUGUAAUGUAUUAAUUGAUAUUUUAAAAUAAUAGAAUUAGGUGAGAAUGAUUAAAUAAUUAAAAAAUAAAAAAUUUAUUGCUCAAAAGUUGCCUUGCUAACAAGCGAUUUGGAAGCGAUCGUAUGGAAUUUGUAAAUAUCCAUUAUGAAUUUUCAUGUUGGUUAUUAUUAAUGUAGACUUUUAAUGCGUAUUUAUUAUUAAAUAAUAUAUAAAUUAUAAAUUAAUAAAUAUAUUAAUAUUGUGACACAUUUUUUUAACAGAGCGAGAGAGGGAGAGAGAAUACAAUAAUUAUGAGAACGUUUAUUAAUUAUUAUUAUUUUAAUUGCAGUUUAUUUAUUUUCCUCAGUAUGUUUUUAAUUGUUGAAAAUAAUU